CGGUAGAGCAAUCGAUGAAGCCGCUAGCUAGCAGGCCAAAUUGUCCGCACAGGCACUUCCCGGACCGCGCCAAGGAUGCCCGCUCGGAAGAUCUCUCAAACGUGAGUCUCAGGCCAAUGGGCUAUGGCUGAGAAACGUUAUGGUGUUGUGAAAUUUCCGAAUGCAGUCCUGUCAUCAUGUCAUGGAGCAAGAGCUUCGAAGCUGGGGAUUCCCUGUCUGCUGCCAGGUCAGGGACUUGUGACAGCCCUCGUGUGUCGAAACAUCUUCUGUCAGAUGCUUCUUUUGAUGGGCCGGUCUGCAUUUCCCCACACCUUUCUUGCCGCUGGUCCCCUGGAUUUUGUUGUCACCAGUGGUGGGGCCGGAAUACUGUCGAAUAUGUUCUCAGCAGUUACGCGCUGGGGGCUCAUAAUGAAUCAGCAUGACUUGUUACAACCACAGCAUAUCCGAGGCCGUAGCUCUCGAUCACCAAAUAGCUUCAAUACCAAGCACACGAGGUUGGUGGCCCAAGAAUCCUGGGAAUCAAAGAACAUCUGUGCAAGAACAAAACUGAAGUGCUGUCAGCCAAGCCGAUGCCCCGUCUGAUUUGGGCUGGAAUAUACCCACGCAUCUUGGCUCGGUAAUAAGUCAUGGGACAGGUCGCGGAGAAUUUCCAGUCCAGGCGAAGGUGGCAACAGAACCACUAAUGUGGGAUCGGGACCAGUCAGUAAGGCGUAGAACUGUUUUCGUGCGGAGUUGAAACAACCUGA